AAUUUUAAAUAUAAUUUAUUUUAUUUAGAUUCGACUGAUAUUUAUCGGUUCCUGCCGAAAUUCCGAAGACGAAACUCGAGUGAAGGACAUGCAAGAUUUAUCAAAGCACUUAGCCCUUGAAGAUAAUGUCGAAUUUAAAUUAAAUGUUCCUUAUUCUGAAUUGAUUUUAGAAUUACAAAAAGGAAUGAUUGGCCUUCAUGCCAUGUGGAAUGAACAUUUUGGAAUCAGUGUCGUUGAAUGCAUGGCUGCUGGUCUUGUUAUGAUUGCUCACGCAUCAGGUGGUCCAAAGGCUGACAUUAUAGAAACACAAAUAACAAGCCAGACCGGUUUUUUAGCUUCCCAACCGGAAGAGUAUGCAAAAAUUAUAUCAGAUAUUAUAAAUAUGCAUCAAAUGGAUAGAGACGCUAUUAGACACGCAGCAAGGGCCUCUGUCAAUCGAUUUUCUACCGAAAACUUUGAGAAAGAUUUUCUACGAGCAGUGGAACCAUUUUUUAGACAAAAACAAGAAUAAAGUAAUAUAAUAUUUUUAAAUUAAAUCCUAUAUACAAAUAUUGUAUAGAUUAUCAACAUUUUAAGUAAUUAUUUCAUAUUAAGGUAAUAUAAUUUUAUUCUUUGAGAGUUAAAGACAUUUUUUAAUAUUUUAUUAAUGUUUACCUGCAUAAUGUUUUUUAUUCUUGUGAAUAUAACGUAUACCAACGACUAAAAGCGGGCAAUAAUUUGUAUAUACAUUUAUGUGUGCGUGGGUGUACAUUAUUGGUCAAUUUAUAUGUAUAUUUAUCGGUGAAUGUGGAUAAUUUCCAUAUUAGGCAGUAACUGUGAACAGUACCUAUAUUUACUUUAUGGUUAUGUGCACUGUGGAUAAAUAUUUACUACAUCGUUCUUAUCAGUUACGAUUUAUUGAAAAUUUUUAAUAAAUGAUUUAUGUAAAGAAUUAUA